AUGGAUUCACAAGAAGAGGUUGAAUGGUGUGACAAAGAGAAGAGGAAUGGAAAUGAUGUGCGAUUUUCUUUGGUGGAUUUUGUGAAGGAGGGUCAACAUUUUAUUUCGAAAACACUUUUGAAGGCAGCAUUCGAAAUAUGUGCAAUGAAACAUAAUUUCGACUAUAAGCUUGUCAAAUCGGAUAAAAAAGUGUGGUACAUUCAUUGCGCAGAUGAUGAUUGCAGCUGGCGUGUUCGUGCAGAGGGCUUACCUGGUUCAUCUUAUUUUAUCAUCAAAAAGUAUGUACCCAAUCAUUCAUGUGCUCUAUCCAAAAGGAAGGGUUCUGUUCGGACAGCUUCAGCAAAAACAAUUGGUACUCUGAUUAUGCAUAUGUAUGAAACUACUAAAGAAGGGCCGAGAUCUAAUGAUAUAGUCCAGUAUAUGCGUUCAGAACAUGGAGUUGAGAUAUCCUAUUCUUUGGCAUGGGAUGCACGUGAGUAUGCAAUCAACAAAGUGAAAGGCCUUCCAGAGGAAGCCUAUGAAAAAAUUCCUAAAUACUUGCACAUGAUGAGGGAAGCUAAUCCAGGGUCACACACGUCUUAUGAAAGGGAUUCUAAAGGGAGAUUCAGAUUCCUCUUCAUCUCCUUUGGUCAGAGUCUUCGCGGUUUCUAUGUUGCAAUUCGGAAAGUUAUUGUUGUGGAUGGGACGUUCUUGAAGAGCAAAUACAAAGGGGUAUUACUGGUUGCUACUGCAUUAGAUGGAAACUCAAAUUUAUAUCCUAUUGCAUUUGGAGUUGUCGACUCAGAGAACGACCUUGCGUGGAACUGGUUUAUGAGACAACUUAAUGCGGUCAUUGCUGACGAGCAUAGUUUAGCUUUUGUGUCUGAUAGGAAUUCCUCGAUUGCCGACUCUUAG